CAGACCAGUAUUGAGGAAGUAGAAAUCGACAUUUUCAAGAAUGGUAAUGAUAAAGAAUCUAAUUAAUGAUUCCACCAAUUUAUAAAUUCAAUCCAUUUGCCAUUUUUAAUCCAAAUCACAAUUUACAGGUUGGUUUUGCAGGUUGGUUUUGGUGAUAAUUGGAAGAGAUUUGUGGAGGAGCACUUGAUUAAUGGAUAUGUCUGUGUUCGAGCUCAUGUGCUGCUGCUGCAAGUCCACAUAUUCCGCGGUGGGAACUGAACCUUGAACCUGAUGAAGAAGCUUGUGUUAGUGUUAAGUUGUUAUAUGUUUAAAAUGUUAGUAUAUUGUUAUUGUUAUGUAUGGUUUGGUAAACUGUGGUUUAGACCAAACAGAACGUAUGAAUUAAUAUAUUAUAUUUAUAGACCAUGGAUCGUACCAAAUCAUUCUAAUUAGAAAAAUGGUUCAAUCCUCUUAAGUUUAUUUCUCAAACGGAGAGAUCAAUGAAUUAGGAUCCUAAUUCAUAUAGAUACAAAUGGUCUAAUAGGAGAAAAAAUUUCAUGAACAUUUGGAACAUUUCAUUUCUGAGCAUUAAGUGCCAUUUUUUUCCAAGUAGUGUUCGAUCAAUAAUGUAUAAUCAAUAUUUGAUUGAUUGGUCUGAGGUUAUGAUCUACGGUCCGGACCAAACUGUGUAGCCUGGUUUGGUCUAUGAUUUUUCAAACGAUAUGAUCUAUUUUCCCAACCCUAACGUAUAUCUCUGUUGUCCCCUUUAAAUAUAAUUUUCUUUGAUUUUGAAUGGUGACUUCGCCAUAAGAGGAUCUUGAAUAAAGGUUUUUUUUACCUAACUUCCGCUUAUAAAAACUCACUUGUAGAUAUAAGUAUAUUCUUACAUUAAAUGCACCGGUUGCUACUUAAGUUUACUAUUCGUUUGGAAGUUGUGAUUUCAAAUAGUGUAUUGAGCUAAUUCAUGUAUUUGUGAGAUUAAGUCGUUUUUUUGGCUUAUAUUGAACUAGAAUACAAGUAUUUACUUUUUGGAGGCCCCACCACAAUCACUCAAAAUUGAGGGAUUAUCAAUCUCUACUUUUUGUUGAGAUUCUCCACAAUCACUCAAAAUUAACUUUUGUAGCUUUGUAGCAAAAACACAAUAUAAACCUCCAAACAAGAUAUUUGCCUAAUACAUCAAUUGAUUCAAUACAUCAAAUGAUAAUACACUAAUUGUCUCAAUACAUCAAUUUGAAGAAUCACAACUUCCAAACAACCCCUUUUGUUACAUGGUGACCAUCUAAGUACGUUUUGUUACUACUAACCCAUUUAUUUCAAAUUGUAGUCGCACCGUUACCAUUUGCGUCCCCAUAACUAACGAUAUGUCUCCAGAGGUAAUUAACAAGCCACGCAGAUUGCCACAUCAGCUGUCGAGUCAUUUACGACGGAAGUGUCAUAAACCAGUUGGUCCCAAUAACUCAAGUUGUUGGGAGAAGGUUAUACUGGAUCAUAUACCACUCUCUAACACGCCCCCUCAAACGAAAGCCAACCCAUGGGCUUGAAGUUUGCACAGGCCCACCAUGCCAUGUGCUUGAAAGACAACGAUUAAUAUUGGGGGUCGUGGAGAUUCGAACAGAUGACCUUUUGGUUCUAGGCUCUGAUACCAUGUCAUAAACCAGUUGGUCCCAAUAACUCAAGUUGUUGGGAGAAGGUUACGCUGGAUCAUAUACCACUCUCUAACAUAAGAUGGUGGCCCUUGGUGCAACAAUCACAGAAACGGAGCUGGUCACUGCCGUCAUGGAUGGCUUGGAUGAAGACUACCGUCCGUUUACCCGCAAUCUCGAGGCUCGGCUUGAACCCCUUGCCUUCGAGGAUCUCAGCAGCCUCCUGCUUAGUGAGGAGCUGCAGCUUCGCUGAUUCCAGACUGCGGCUGCCGGUGGAGUUGUCGGACCACAGGCCUUCUUCUUCGGCGGGUAUUCCUUCAGAGGCGGACGGGGACGGUUCAGCUCUCGUGGACGCGGUCGGGGCGGCCGUUUUGGUGGCCGAGGAGCUGCUGGCCCACUACUUCGGCCCACUUCAUAUACUAACCCUAAUGCCAUGUUUGAGCCUUCUGUGACCGAGAGGUCUUGUGUUCGAUUCCCGGUGACCCCCAUUUGUUAAGCACAUGGUAUUCUUGUCUUCAGACCUGUGCAAAUUUCAAGCCCUUGUGAGUGGCUUUCGUUUGAGGAGGCGUGUUAGUGUUGUGAUAUAUGAUCCACGAUUGAACCUCUCCCAACAACUCGAGCUCUUGGGAUCAACUGGUUCUUAACAUGGUAUCAGAGCCUCAGUAAACUCCAACGAGUUCUGUGCCCUUUGUUCUCCCUUCCUUAUUCUUUCUACCUCUGUUCUCUUUUUCUGUUGCAUCACCAUGUCGACGACUUCCACGACAUCUUCUUCUUCUCCAUCUUCUUCCUCUGCUGCUUCCUCUAUCUUUUUACCUUCCAAUCCGCAACUCUCUGUGAAAUUGACAUCAACCAAUUACCUUCUAUGGAAGGCCCAGCUGCAACCACUUCUCCGAUGUCAUCGCCUCAUCGGUCACGUCGACGGUACCCUUCCCGCACCCCCAGAGUUGAUUGAAAAUCAACCAAAUCCUGCCUUCCAGACAUGGUAUGAACGUGACCAGAUAGCUUUGGUUUGGAUUAAUCUGUCUUUGACAGAGGCGGUUAUUCCCAAUAUAGUCAAUAAGACCAC